AAGUUUUCUAACAAAAAAAAAAGAACCUUUUGCGAUUUGUUUUGUGUUUCUUGUUUCAUUUUUUCCAUGUCCGAAGAACAAAAGCUCGAUAAUGGCCCGGCAGGCUUGCUUGACACCGAAACAAUCGCCGAUGGUAUUGAAUCCGACGAUGGUACCGAAGAGAUAACAGCUCAAAAAGUGUUAGAGUUCUUAGAAACGGCAUGGACAAAUGAAAUGAGCGCUCCAGAAAUACUAAUGCAUCAAAGCGAGAUGAUAGAAUUAAUGAUGGGUCAAAUAGCUCAUAUGGAAGAGAAUAUGAAAGAUUUAAAUAAGAAUGAUUUUCGCUAUGUUGCUCAUCAAAUGGAAUUGGAACGUAUACGCUAUAUAAUGGUCAGCUAUUUGCGGUGUCGUUUACGAAAAAUUGAAAAUUUUACCCAACACAUACUAAAUGAAGAAUCAGUUCGAGAACCUGACGAAAAACGUUUGUCGCAGGAGGAGACAAAAUUUGCGAAAGAAUAUUAUGAGAAUAUGGAAACUUGUUUCCAACAAGUAGCUUUGCAAUAUAUGCCAAAUAUGCAAAGAUCUGAAGCGGAUCAAAGGAUUGUUAGACCAAACCUAAUGAGCCAUGUCUUUAUUAAAGCAAAGGUUUCAGUCCCAUCUGUAGUAGUAGGUGUGGAUGAUGAGGAAGUAGAUUUGGCUGCCAACUCGCAACAUAUAAUUCCGUACCAAUUAAUAGCAGAUCUAAUACAUAAGAACCAAGUUAAAUUAAUUUGAGACCUAAUUUCUGUUUUCAUUCGGCAUUAAUUAUAUAUAUAUAUAU